AUGUAUCAGUUUCUAUAUAUAUUUGUACACCUCACUUUUCCAUAAACAUUCCAAAUAUCCCCAAACCCCAAACCAUGCUGCUGUUUUCAUGUUUCUCUCUCUAACUCGUUUUCUUUCCGAACCGAAUCUUCUCCCUCAAAAUUGCAGAUAUUAUUAUUAAUCAUCAUCUACACAUGCAGCCUGCGAGUAGAGAAUUCAGCGGCAUGAACAACAAUAUCAACCCACUCCUAAACCACCACCAUGGUGGCCAAUUCGAUCCGGCCACCCCCCACGACGAUUUUCUCGAGCAAAUGCUCUCCUCCGUCCCUUCCUCCGCCGCCUCCUACAAUUGGUCCGACGACCACGCGCCGCCGCAGUUGGAGGAGCAGUCGUUGUCGUCGAAGAUGAGGCAGCACCAGAUCAGCAGCGGCGCCGCCACCGCUAAGGCCUUGAUGUUUCAACAGCAGUUGUUGCUCUCCAGGAGCCUCGCCGCCGGAAACGGCGGCGCCGACGGUGGUUCCGGCCUUCUUCCCAUGCCUCAUGGAGAUCACAGUGAUUUAAUCGAUGGUAACUCGUUCAAGUCUAUUAAUCCGGCAAAUGAUGCAUCAAUUGAAGCUCUGCUCAAUGGCCUCACCGGAUCUCUCGGUCAAACUUCAAAUCAAUCUCAGCAUUUUCAUCAUCCUCAUAAUUUCGGCUCCGCCGGAGCGGCAGCGGCGCCGGCGAUGAAUCAUCCGGCAGCCAGCGGCGGAGGAGCGGCGGGACAGCCGCGGCAGAGGGUGAGAGCCAGGAGAGGGCAGGCAACUGACCCUCACAGCAUCGCUGAGAGAUUACGGAGAGAGAGAAUUGCGGAGAGAAUGAAGGCACUACAAGAGCUUGUACCCAACGCCAAUAAGACAGACAAAGCAUCAAUGCUGGAUGAAAUCAUAGACUAUGUCAAAUUCCUCCAGCUCCAAGUCAAAGUUUUAAGUAUGAGCAGAUUGGGAGGCGCUGCAGCUGCUGCACCCCCUGUUACUGAUAUUUCCUCUCAGGGAAAGAGUGGUAACGGGAUACAGACGGCGUCAUCAUCAAACAACAGUGACGGGAUGACGGUGACGGAGAAUCAGGUGGCGAAGCUGAUGGAGGAGGAUAUGGGCUCCGCCAUGCAGUAUCUUCAAGGCAAGGGUCUCUGCUUAAUGCCCAUUUCCCUCGCCACCGCCAUCUCCACCGCCACCUCUCACUCAAGAAACCCCCUCGCCGGCGGCGGCGGCCCCACUUCCCCUAGCAUCUCGGCUUUGACCGUCCACUCCGCCAGCAUCGGCGGCGGAGAACCCUCCCCUAAAGACGGCGGGCCCGUUUUUAAUUCCAAGCGUUGAAGUAAUCUUGACACCGUUAUAACGGUGUUUGCCUGUCUCUUCUUGACCCACCUUUUUUUGGUUUUAUCUAUCCUACACCCGGUGAAGGUUACACCGAUGAUUUUUUACCGUUGAUCUACACAUACCAAUGUGGGUGUGUGUGUGUUUGUGUGUAUAUGAAUGGUAAAGAUCUACCCGGUGUAUUUCACCCGGUGUAGGAUCUCAAAAGCCUUUUUUUUUGUGAAGUGGGGAAAAAAAGUGUAUAAAAAACAAAAAAAGAAAUGGUGGGGUCUCUCGUUUUUUUGACCUCCUUUUUUUGAAUCUGUCGACGGCCGUUAAGUCUACCGAAACAAGAGUUUGUUUUCCCUUUUUUUAUUAUUAUUUUUUUUUUUUUCUUUGAAGUAGUAAAGUUUGUCAUUGUUUUAUGAGUGGACGAUGCGGCGCCGUAUUUGGGUAGACUUGGGCUUAUUUAAUUGAGCUUACCUUUUAGCUAA